UCUUCUACUCACUUAACUAUUCACAGCAACAGAAAUUUUGACCAGGGGGGCCCAAACUUUUGCAUGCCAAUCUAUUCUUCUCCCAGUUGUCUCAUUUGCUAUUUUCACACUAAUAGAGACAACCAUGCCACCCAAUCCAAUUUGCAUUUAAACACUGAAAUAUUUAAAAAGGGGGCAAAGAGAAAAAUAUGGCAAUAAUUGUUUAAAACAAAGGUACAAAGUUGUAUUUAAAAGUAUUCAAGUAUGUCACAUAGUUAUAAGAUGAUAAACAGUACCUUUAGAAAGUAUUUCAAAUAUCAAAACAGUGAAAUAAUUUUCUCCAAUAUCACACAUUCAAUAGCCUACUUCAAAAACAGAGUUAACCCGAACCCUAAUGGCACCAAAAUUAAUAAUUGAAUACAUUUAAUUUAAUGAACUGCCAUUUACAAAAGUAUUUACACAAAGAGAAAUAUCCAUUCUAAAUAUCCAUACUUAGAACAUAAUUUUAGCUAUAACUGUGUGAGUCCUUUUGUGUGAGUGUGUGUGGACUUUAAAAUUCAUUCUUCUAGCAACUAAAAAAUGCACCUGUGAGGCAUUCUUAAAAGAGGCUACUUGGGGUGCCUGGGUAUCUCAGCAUGUAAAGAUGCUGACUAUCACACCUGGAGUCACAAGUUCAAAUCCAGGGCGUGCUGAGUGACUCCAGUCAGGCUUCAUAAGGCCUGGUUGCUAUAGCGUUUAUAGAGUCAUGUUGGGUUAACCUCCUCGUGGUCAUGUGGUUCUCGCUCUCAGUGGGGCCCGUGGUGAGUUGUGUGUGGAUGCCACAGAGAACAGCAUGAAGUCUCCCCAGUCGUCAUAAUCCAACUACCAUAUUUUGAUGGUCUAUUAUUAAUUUAUUAACAUGGCUUAUUAAUAGCUCUGCCUCACAGAAAUCAUGCUCACGGACAUCACGCAGUUACUAAUUACCAAUUACUAGUGUGACCAAGGAUAAUCUCAUACUUUGACUGACUGACUGGCAACGAACUAACGAACGAAUAGAUGGACGAAUGAAUGGUUCCAUUUGGUUAUCUAAGGAGUAAAAUACCCCAAAAAUAGGAGUAAAAUGUACCCACUUAGCUGGGAAAAAAUCAGGACUAAAUGGGUUAAGAAUUGUGGAUACGAUACAACAUAUUUAGUGCAGAUGGUUUAAUUUAAUUCGGAGAUUCAUUAUAAAUAUUAACGAAUACACGGCCAAAACCAAGAAACUAUGAACGAAAACAUAAAGUACCAUCAUCGUAAUAUUUCCACAAAAAUGUAUAAAUGAACGAUGACUUUUAUUUUGAAUUUAAAUGUAGCGCGCUCGCAAUGUUUCAGUGUUCACUGUGUUCCUGUCUGUCCCAGUUCAGCUCAGAGAAACAGGAAUCCAGCGCGAAGCGUAUUCAGGAACACUACUGCUAAAGCCACGGAGCUGAAAUGAGUUUUCUUGGUGGUCUGUUUGGUCCUGUGUGUGAAGUCGAUGUCAUUCUGAAUGACGCUGAAAGCAGAAAAACAGCAGAGCUGAAGACGGAGGAUGGGAAACUGGAGAAGCAUUAUCUGUUUUAUGAUGGAGAAUCGGUUUCUGGAAAGGUAAAUAUCAGUGUAAAGCAAACAGGCAAGAGACUUGAACAUCAGGGAAUUCGCAUUGAGUUUGUAGGACAGAUUGAGCUCUUCAGCGAUAAAAGCAAUACUCAUGAGUUUGUAAACCUUGUAAAGGAGCUUGCUCUGCCUGGGGAACUUGCACAUAAUCGCAGCUAUGACUUUGAGUUCAUGCAGGUGGAAAAGCCAUAUGAGUCUUAUGUUGGAGCGAAUGUGCGACUGAGGUAUUUCCUUAAAGUUACAAUUGUGAGGAGGCUAUCUGAUAUGGUAAAGGAGCAUGACCUCAUUGUCCAUCAGCUGGCCACUUACCCUGAUGUCAACAAUUCUAUCAAAAUGGAAGUGGGCAUUGAGGACUGCCUACAUAUUGAAUUUGAAUAUAAUAAGUCCAAGUACCACCUCAAAGAUGUAAUUGUGGGUAAAAUCUACUUCUUGCUUGUACGGAUUAAAAUCCAACACAUGGAGCUUCAGUUGAUCAAGAAAGAAAUGACGGGAAUUGGGCCGAGCACAACUACUGAGACAGAGACUGUGGCCAAAUAUGAAAUUAUGGAUGGGGCACCAGUCAAGGGGGAAUCCAUUCCUAUUCGUCUUUUCCUGGCUGGUUACGACCUUACACCCACAAUGAGAGAUGUAAACAAGAAGUUUUCUGUGAGGUACUUUUUAAACUUGGUGCUUGUGGAUGACGAAGACAGGAGAUACUUCAAACAGCAGGAAAUUGUUUUGUGGAGGAAGGCACCAGAGAAAAUCCGAAAACAGAACUUCCAUCAGCGCUAUGAAUCACCUGAGCCUCGGCCGAGUCUAUCUGCUGAGCAGCCAGAAAUGUGACCGGGGUUUAAAGAGUAACCAGCCAGGGGCACGUGUGCUUCUCUGAGACCAGUCACAGGAGAGGAGAACAACAACUUACACUGAAUAUACAUACAGAUUGCUGUUCACAUGGUCACCCUGAAUUGGCUCUAUCCACCCUGCCAUCCACAACAAGCAAUCUGUUAGUAUACAAGGACACUUUUUUUUAGAAAGCACUGGAAAUAAUAAUGCAAAUCUCAUAGCACAUCUUUAAGGUUGCACGCCUCCCUAGAAGAGGAUAUGUUUUUAAGAGUGCACUCACAGGUAUACUCCAUGAUCCACAUAGAGUGAAAACAAAUAGGCCUAAGACACAUUUUUAAGAGCUUCCUGAUGCAUGCUGGCUGGUUAAAGUGAAACAGAGUUCAUAAUAACAGUUAAUAAAGGCUAUGGGGCCAGUUUAAAACAGGCAAAGAAAUGUAUUAACAUGCAUUCUGGACAUCACCCAGGCCAUACUGUAUUUGCAAUCAAAAGUUGUAAAACAUUUCUACUUAACUUAUUUAGUGUCUUCUUUGUUAUUUUCUUUUUUCUUAUUUUUUUUGUUUGUCUUUAUGUGAAGAGAAUUCUGUUUUUGAAAUAAAGUAUAUGUCUACAUAUAUAUAUAUAUAUAUAUAUAUAUAUAUAAGUAUUUAAAGAGGCUUUAGAAGGACGCGUUGGCCUAGAAGCUUAUACAAAUUUGGUAGUUUGAGUACAGUAUAUGCAGCUUCUUAGCACAGUUAUGGAUAACACACUGGCUUAGUAGUAAAAGAGGGAUACUUGAAAUUCCUAUUUAGUUUUCUGAAUGUAUUAAUCAACCUCUAAUUUGACACAAAAUAUCAGCUGCAUUGCACUCACAUUUCAUAUUGUCUAAAUUUUUAGACACCCUGUAGAGAAACUAUGGAAUUGUUUUGUUGUAUCCCUUGCAUGUCAUCCUGUUUGAAGGUUUCUUAACAAGAGGGGAUGUUAACAGUUUUUCACUGUGCAAAUGUGCUCUGCAUAUUUUGUGGGCUUUGAGGAGUAAAUUAUUAUUAUUUGGAGUUUUCAAGACAAUGUUCUCUGCCCAAUGGGCUUAAAAUGUAAUUCUGAAACUGUUACAUUUUCUUCUAAUGUUAUGAUUUUAAAAUUCACUCUACAUUACUAAUGGAAUGUUGGAGUGCCCUAUGUUAAAGAUAUAAUGGUGAGUGUUUGGGAAAACGGAUCGAAUAGUUGCGGUUAGGCAACCAAGUCAUUUGUAUGUCUUGAAAAAUUGUACAUAUCCAGCCAUAGUUUGUUUAUCUGCAAAUCUGUCAAAUAAAAAAAUGCAAC